AUGUAAGAUGAUUAUCAAGCCUUAUUGUAAUCAGUUGGUAUUGAUAAAAAUUAAUUUAACUUAAGGGAAGAUAAUUAAUCAGAGAUGACAUUCAAACAUUUACACCCUGAUAUAUAGAUAGUAUUUUAGAGGAUGAUGAAAGUAAAAUUUUAUUAAAAAAACAUUUUAAAACAACUUUUUAUAGAGAACAACAAAUCUAAACCUAUCUCUCAUUCAAAUAUGUUACAUAGACUUUUUUUAACACCAGAAAAAAAGCAAAGAUCACAAGCUGUUUCAAAACCUAGGUGGGAUUUAAUUUCAACUCUUAAUUAAUCUUCAUUUAAGAAAAGCAUCAGGUCGGUUGAUAGAACGGUCAGCGAAUUUAGAUAUGAAAUAAGUAGAAAUGGAAAAAGAUCAGCAAAUACUCUUAAUAAGGUACUUGGGUUAGCUAAUACUUGGUUUGAUAUUAUUUUAUUACCAAUUAUUAUUAGAUCAAAUAAAUUAAAAAUCUUUAUGAUUAUUAAUUAUCAUUUAAAUAAUAAAGAAAUAACAAAGUAACUAAUGUAGAAGCAAAAUAUGUUGAUUGAAUUUAAUUUAUUAAAAGGAAAAUUUUACCAUUAACAAAACUUACAUCAACAUGAAUAUUAAGAUAAAAUAAUGAAUAUGAAAUAAAAAUAUUGA